AUGGCUUACUCCUUUACAGAGGAGGAAAAGAGGUUCAUCCUCGCGGAAGCCAUCAAGAACAGCAGCCUAGAUGUUGGCCUCUUAGUGGGGUUUUUGAAAACGCACAAUGUCGAGCCAGACUGGCUUAAGAUGCAGUUACCCAGCGGCCGCACUAUGGGACAAUGUCUCGCGGUCACCGAGCAGAUGUUUCAAGGUCCCAUGCGGGUGCCAGACCUCAAGCGGAAGUCCAUGAACGACCUCCUCGAACAGCCACCAAAGCGUUUGGCUGCCGCAUCGCCUAUGGAGCCACCAGCGCAGUUACCACCCUUGGCCUCAGCAACUCAAGGCCUCGCAUCCUACUCAAGCUCGAUGCCCGUAUCGUCGUUAUUGCCAGCGCCUCCACAGCUGCAUAAUCAGCAGCUUGCCAACAUACAGCCGCGACCCGCCGGCAUGGAAAUCGCCGGGGUGACCAACGGCUCUCAAAGCCCCGGCCAACAACAGCAAGCGCCGCUCCCGCGGAAACGAGGUCGACCAUCACGGGCGGACAAGGCGAGACAACUACGACCUUUGCUGCCGCAGCACCUUACACCUCUGGCGCCGGCGCCCCGGCCGAUAGCUAGGGAAAGCCCAACAACACCAGGAGAGUUCGCCGUGUACAGAUUAUCACCCGGUCCACCUUCUGAGGCCGCCAACGAGCCAACAAGGCGAGGACGAGGUCGGCCAAAGUCGUUUGGCAGGACACAGUUGGGCACUUCCACAGGCGAACAAACCAAGACAGAGUCUGGGCGGUCAACACCAAGUGAAUCAUCGCGCCAGCAAUCUGAUGACAUACCCAGAGACGCCUACAACGAGGACGAAAAUGUGUCGGAUUCGCAAAAGGAAAAGGCCAUCUCGAAUAUUGGCCACUUACAACAAGAAGGGCUGGCGAGUUAG